UAAAUGAGGAAGAAAACGUUUUCCUUUAAAUGUUUUUUUUCAUCUUCAAGUUAAAGAGACAAAACAACAACAAUUUUAAAGACAUUUACCCUUAGCACUAAUCCUUAAUCACUACGAUUUAAUUAUCACCAAUAAUUAACUUCCACAACUCGAUCUACCAAACGGUGUAAAUUCAAUGAACAGUAGAAAAGUUUAUUCAAAUUGUUAAUCAUCGUUCCCAUUGUUGAAUCAACAAACUUUUUUUUUCUUCUUCAUUCUCUUGAUUAACUUUUCCUUUUUGUCUAAUUAAUUAAUAUAUUUUUGUUGUUGUUGUUGUUGUUUCACACUUGGAGUUUACUUUGUUAAUUGUUUAUUUUGAUUUCUCUCUUAUAUGCUAAUGCUGUUUUCUUAAUCAUCAUCAAGAAUAUAUCUUCGGUUAUAUUUUUAGAGGAAAUUCAAAUUUACUCUAAGGUUAUCCACACCGAUACAUUUGCCCGGCCCAAGACACAAUCAGGCCCAACCUUAAUACUGUUGUUGAUUAUAUCGUCAACAAUUUACCAUCAACAUUAAACAACAGUUAUCAUCUUAAUCAUGAUCAUCGCCUUCAUCAUUAAUAAACAAAAUAAAACAUAGUGUGUGUGUGUUUAUGUUUUAUCAUUGAUUAGAUUGUUACAUUUUUGCCUUUCAUUAAGUUUUUUGAUUCCUUUUCAUUGUUGAUCACUUAAUUCAGUUGUUGCAUUUUGUAACUCCAUCAUUGGUUAUCUUUUGUCUUUGUCUUCCAGUUAACUGAUUUUCCUUAAUUGUUGACCAAAUAUUAUCAUUAUAAUAAUCAACUUGAGUUUUUUGUAUGUGUUUGUAAAGUUCACCACAUUAAUCUGAAUUCAACUUGUUUAACUGCCCACAAUCAAUUGUUCAUCUAUUGGCUUGUCUAUUUUGUUAAUUGUUGUUCCUAAGUUUUUGUUAAUUUCUCUCUCCUUUUUUUCACAUUGUGAUUAUUGAUCAAAUUAAAUUGCCACGCUUUUCCAAUCGGAUUACAGUUUUUUCAAAGCAACCAGAAAGGGUAGAAACUUAUCACCAGAGAGAAGAAGGUAUCGUCGAAGAAAUAUGGAUGACGAUGAAGAUGGACAUCUUAUAUAUCGCCGAGGAGACAUUCUUCAAAAAAGAUAUAAGAUACUUUCGACCCUUGGUGAAGGAACCUUUGGAAAAGUCGUUCGAGUCUUGGACCUUCGGAGUGAUCAAAUGGUGGCUCUUAAAAUAAUAAAAAAUGUCGACAAAUACCGAGAAGCUGCAAGACUGGAAAUUAAUGUUCUCGAAAAAUUAGCUGAAGCAGAUCCACAUUGUAAACAGUCCAACGAUAACUCUUUUCAAAGUCUUUGUGUAAAAAUGUUAGAUUGGUUUGAUUACCAUGGCCAUAUUUGUAUUGCAUUCGAGAUGCUUGGUUUAAGCGUUUUUGACUUUUUGAAAGAUAAUAAUUAUCAACCUUAUCCUAUUGAUCAAGUUCGUCACAUUGGUUACCAAUUAUGUUACUCUGUUAAGUUUCUCCACGAUAAUCACCUUACACAUACAGAUUUAAAACCGGAGAAUAUCCUAUUCAUUGAUUCCGAUUUUGAUGUUGUUUAUGUUUCCAAGAAAAGCAAAGAAAAGAAGAAAGAUGUCAAACGAGUGAAAAACACCGAUAUCAAACUGAUCGACUUUGGAUCAGCCACUUUUGACGAUGAACAUCAUUCGACAAUAGUCUCAACGCGACAUUAUCGUGCACCCGAAGUGAUACUCGAAUUAGGUUGGACUCAACCCUGUGAUGUUUGGAGUAUUGGUUGUAUACUAUUCGAACUUUAUCUUGGAAUAACAUUAUUUCAAACUCAUGACAAUCGUGAACAUUUGGCAAUGAUGGAAAGAAUAUUAGGACCUUUGCCUUAUAGAAUGUGCCGUAAAACGAAAACCAAAUAUUAUCACCAUGGAAGACUUGAUUGGGAUUAUAAAUCAUCAGCUGGACGUUAUGUUAGAGAAAACUGUAAACCCUUACAUAGAUAUUUAUUAAGUGAUGAUGAGGAUCAUAGAUUACUUUUCGAUCUGAUAGGAAAAAUGUUGCAAUAUGAACCAAGCAGUCGGAUAACAUUGACCGAAGCAUUGAAUCAUCAAUUCUUUGACAAGUUACCUCUGGAAAAACGUCUACACCUUUUAGAGAGCAACAAUAACAACAAUAACAAUAAUUCAAAUACCACCAACAACAUCAACAGCAUCAACAGUACCACCUCCACAAGUACCAGUACCACGACAAGUAACAAUAAUAGUAACAACAACAGUAAUUGCAACAGUAAUAGCAACAGCAAUAGUAAUAGUAAUAGUAACAGCAGAGACAGGGGAGAUGACCAAAGGGAUAGCUCUUGAUGGUAUCCAUGUUUUACCCUAUUUUUGUCAAAUAUCAUAUCAUCUUCAUCUUCAUCAUUACAAUCAUUAUCAUCAUCAAUCUACUUCCAUCCAUUUAAAGAAGCAAAUUAUUUGAAGAAAAUGAUCAUCAAAACAAAGACCAUUUAACAAAAAGAGAGCAAGAGAAAUUGUUGAGAAUAGAAGAGAAAAUCAAACCAACAAUUAAUCUCUAUUUCCUCAUUUUGCCAUUUCUCAUCAAAUUGGAUUUGCUUAAACUCACAAUUACGUAUAUAUUUGAUUACACAAACAUAAUUUAUAUUUAUGAUUUUUAAGAUACAAUCAAACAAAAGUGAUUAACAAAAACAAAGGGAUUUAUAAAUAGGACUUUGAUUAUCCUCCACUAAUCCAAUCUCUCUCUCUCUCUCGCUCUCUUUUUGCUGUCUUCUAAUUGUUGAUGUGUCCCUGAUGUCCUUUUAAACGUCCAUUGGAAGUAUAACUUAAAAAACGUUGGAAAAAGUGUUUUUCUUCGUGAUCAGUAAUCAACUAAAUUACAACAAUCAACUUACGAAAGAAAAAAAGAAAAAUAAAAAAGAAUCACAAUCUUUAAUGAAUUUCGUCCAAACCAAACAAAAUCCUCAUGAAAUUAGUGGAUUAAUGAUAAUGUAUCUCCUUAACUAGUUCUCAAUAAUUUCCCGUGUUUAUUUUGAUCAAAGAAAAACAGAAAAUCAAUUGUGCUCAAUUGUAAUAAUAAUUAGUCUCAUUUGGUUACAAUUAAUACUCUUAAUUAUCAUAAUAAUCAUUAAAUGAGUAAAUGUAAUCAAAUAUUGAAAAUGUAAAUACGAUAAUGUUUAUAAUAAUACAAACCAUUGUAUAUAA